CAACUCUCUGCGAUGCAACCCGACUGUAUUACGACUUCUGGCGACAUUACUCCUCGUCAAUACCAAGAAGAGAUCUUUAUCCGUGCGCGACACUCCAACGUGAUUGCUGUCCUGGGCACUGGGUCAGGAAAAACAUACAUUUCUAUCUUGCUCAUCAAAUCUAUAACAUCUCAAUCGCACCUAUCCGCCGGGAAAAUUGUUGUUUUCCUUGUACCUAAGGUUCCCCUCGUCGAGCAGCAAAGCGUCUUCAUCGAGAAACAAUUACCGUCACUCAGAGUUCGAAAGGUACAUGGCGGCGACGCUCUUGCCGGCGACAUGCUCAACAGAGCAGAAUGGAAGAAAUUCUUUGACAGCGCCGAUAUCGUCGUUAUGACAGCUCAAGUCUUUGUCAAUGCGCUCACCCACUCGCACUGGAGUAUAGACAAGGUGUCUUUGCUUAUAUUCGACGAAUGCCACCAUACUCGCCUCAACCAUCCAUACAACGUCAUAAUGCGAGACUCGUACAAACACUGCUCACCGUCUCAGAGGCCCAAGAUAUUUGGAAUGACGGCCAGUGUUGUAUGGCGCCCCAGCCGCGCCCAGGAAGACCUUCAAGAGCUCGAAGCAAACCUCGUUGCGAAGGCCAUCACUGUCCAAAUGCAUCACGAAGAGCUUGGGCACCAUUCCCCCAAACCGAAGGAGGUCUGUGCACCAAUCUACGAUCGGCUAGAGAUUGACAUCAAAGCCGCCGGGUCCUAUGCAUUGCCAGUCGCCCCUCUUGAUGAUCCCGCCAUUCCUUGGGCAAUCGUUGACGCGCGCUACACGACCGCUCUGCGUAACUUGGGGCCCUACGCCGCCGAAACCUUCCUGUACAAAGACCUCAGUGACCGUUUGCGACAAUUUAUCCAACCUAGUCAAGCCGACGAAAUGUCACGGCUCCGAUCUCAGCUCCAGGCAAUGCACACAGAGUCUUCCACUCCCGAGCAACUCCUACGUGAUCCUGAGAUGAGACAGAUCUACGACCUGAUCACCGAAUAUUCCCCUCUCUUCGAGAUGCCUGGACCCGUCCACGGCAGUUCCAUACCAAGCUCGGAGAAUCAGUUCCCCCCUGGUUGGGUUUUUGAUCUGUCGUGGUGCUCUCCCAAGGUCCACGUCCUAGUCGAGGUCUUACGAAAUCAGUUCACACCCGCCUCUCAAGGCAUAGUCUUUGUCGAGCAGCGACAUGUCGCUUCCGGCUUAGCACGGUUGCUGUCGAAGGUGGAUGAGUUGAAAGGAGUUGUGCGGUGCGCAGAGUUCGUUGGGCAUGCCAGCGACACAGGAGAGGGAAUGAAGGCGGGAGAACAAAACAGAGUCCUGGAAUCGUUCAGAAAGCGUUCUAUCAAUUUGCUAAUCGCUACGCAGGUAGCUGAAGAGGGACUUGAUUUUCCGGCUUGCGACGUCGUAGUCCGUUUUGACUCCAUUCAGCACCUUGUGGGGUUUGUCCAAUCUCGGGGUCGGGCACGACAUAAGGAUUCCACAUUCGUCAUCAUGGUCGAACAAGGAGAUGAAACCGCAAUCGAACGAUACAAGAGGUUCGCCGAAAUCGAUUCCUUGAGCUCAGUCUCUUCGGCCUCAGCUGCCUCAGAAACGCCUACCAAUCUCACGUCUAUGCGUGGAAUGGGCUCCGACGAAGACGACGAGCCGAACGAAGUCGAUCUCGCUCAAAGAGAACGGUUCGUCGUUUCCGACACAAAAGCGGUCCUCUCCUACAACAACGCGAUCGAUCUACUGUCGCGCCUUUGCGCUCUUAUACCUACCGAUAACUUCACGCGGACGUACAAGCCAACGUACAUUACCAACAUCGCCCAGACGGGAUACUAUGUCUGCUCCUUGACUCUUCCCUCUGCCCUUCCUUUACCUCAUGGACACCUGAAGUACACGGGCCCAGGAAAAUGUUCCAAAAGAGAGGCUAAACGUGCCGUGGCGUUUCUUGCGGUGAAAGCACUGUACGGCUUGAACGUGUUCGAUGAAUAUUUGCUUCCAGCGAGGAGUGUAAAAGAUAUGGAGCAGGAUGCGGAGGAGUCCACGGGCGGAGCCGCUUACAUCGAUGUCAAGCAGAUUCCACAGAUGAUGAACGUCGAUGUUCGAGAUCCCUUCGUCCUAGGCAUCAAGAUGUGGCUCCAUACUGUCUAUGUCGACGGCGAACGCGUGGCUGGUCUAGUCACCGGAACGCACCUUCCACAGGUCGAACUCUCUUGGGAAGGCACAGGUGUGCGGACAGGCGCUGUGGAGGCGGUUGCUUUCGAUGCAGAUCCUCUCAAGGAGGAUAGGCAGCGACAAGUUCUGCAGGAGUUUAUGGCAUGGGGAUUGUGGUGGUGUGUUACCACGCGACCUUUGGCGGGACCGUUGACUUGUUUCCUCGUCCCUCUGGUCCUACAUGAAAACCAGCCUGACUUCGAGCUUAUGGAGCGUAUCGUAGCAAUAGGCCUAGGUUGCUCCGACUGCACACAACUCAGCGAGAAGGACUUUGGUCGACUUUUGUGUACCAACCGAUGGGAACACGGGCGGUCGUUCAUACUUCAUCGCAUUCGAUACGAUCUAACGCCCUCAUCAAUGCUCCCAGAAGGCUCGAUGGCGCGGGAGGCCGGUUUUACAACUUACGGGCAAUGGCUCAGGGCGCGGUACAAACGGAAGAAAUUUUCUGUCGUACUGAAGGACGACGAAGUACUCGUGGAGGCCCGCAGACUGAAGCUACAAUGUUCUGGCAUCUAUCACCUUCAUUCCCGACCGGACGACGCGGUGCCAAUGGAUGUCGACGACAUCGACACCAACAUCUUUCCUCUAUCUUCCUGUCGGUGGACUGCAAUUUCGACGUCGCUGUAUCGCACGUUUGGGCUUCUUCCUCGACUUCUGCAUCGUAUCAACGACGUGUUUCGUGCCCAAUCCGCGCAACUUGCGCUAGGCCUUCCGCCCAUUAACACAGACCUGCUCAUCGAGGCAUAUACUAUUCCAGCUGCUCGUACAGGAUGGAAUAAUCAGCGUUUCGAAACUCUGGGUGAUUCGGUUCUAAAGCUUUGCACGUCCGUUCAUGUGUUCAACAAAUAUCCAUGGCGGCACGAGGGCCAACUUUCCGUUCUGCGACAAGUUGCUAUCUCGAACAUGACGUUGCUCAGAAAGGCCAAAGCUGUAUCGCUUGAGUCAUUCCUGAAUACGGAGUCGACGAGCAAUGAAACGACUUGGCGAUACUGCCUCCCUUCCGGCCCAGCACCUCACCACCCUUGUCAUCCGGUAAAAGAUACAGACCGUGUACCUCUACCGCCCCCAUCUUCGCGACCAAGAAGGCUUGUACAUCGGCGUUUCCCGCGACGGAGCCUGCAAGACUGCAUGGAGGCUACAUUGGGGGCAGCUUAUGCUACGGGAGGUAUCCCCAUGGCCCUACAGGCGGGUACCGCAUUGGGCUUGAAUUUCGGAGGUUCCAUUCCAUGGCUUACACGAUUCGGAAAGCAAUGUGAAUCCUCCGCCGAAAGACCUGGGGUACUAUUCAACGUUCUGCAGGAGAGAUUGGGAUACACGUUUCGGAAUCCAGAGUUGUUAGUGGAAGCAAUGACCCACCCGUCGUUCGCUACGGGUGGUCAGUCUUACCAACGCCUAGAAUUUCUGGGCGACGCCGUGAUCGACCUCACGGUCAUGUCCUACUUAUACAACAAAUUUCCGAGCGCCACUUCGGGGAAACUUUCGACUGCUCGAGCACGAGCCGUCAGUGCCCCAGUCCUCUCUUCCAUCGCAGUCAAGCACCUCGGUCUACACAAGCUUAUGCUCGUGAACGAGACCAACCUUAGCAUAGCUAUGGGAAAAUAUCUACCGACCCUAGAGGAAACUUCUUACGAGGAUAUGGUGUUGAAUGCCUGGGCGCACGAUCCGCCGAAAGCCAUCAGCGAUGUCUUGGAGAGUCUUCUUGGGGCUGUCUUUGUGGACUCAGGGUGGAAUUGGGACCUCGCGCAGGCCGUGACAGAGGGCGUUAUGAACGACGUACUGGAGCUUCUCAGUCCUGAUACCCCGAAGGAUCCGGUGUCAGAGUUGAUGGUAUGGACGGCGAAGGCAGGAUGUACUCGGAUAUGUCUUCGCAAGUCACGCAGUCGCGAGGACGCGCCUAGGAACGACACGAUCAACGUUGUGGUGCAUGAUGUCGACGUAUCUGGGCCAUUCACUGCCUCCAGCAUCGGUGUGGCGCGAGCUUUUGCGUCUGAGAGAGCUCGCCUCAUUCUUCAGGAUCUCGAGUCUCCCCACUCACUUCAACGAGUGUGCGCAUGUAAACCGCCCUUGACCUCGCCAGAUGCUGGAACUGCACCAGAUACUGAGCCGCCUACGAACACUCUGGAAUCGCCGGACCCUGACACAGAGGAGGGGUACACUGCGAUUGCCAGAGAGAAAUUGGAGAAAUUUCAGGACCCUGAAGAGGAAGUGGAGCAAGAUCGUGCCCAGUACGAGGAAGAUAUGAAUCGUGAAGAAGAAGAGCAGGUUGAGAACAUGAUCAUGGUCUACCACGGGGCAGACUAAAGGUCGUGGGCACGGGCCCAGGGUUAUUCAUUCAGGACGUUCGAUUGUUUUU